AACUAUUACUCACUUAAUGUAUCUGUUGGGGUCCAGAUGUUCAAACUGUGAUGUACAGAAGCCCACUGACGCCCAAAGUGAUGCCCGCUCCUUCCUGACAGAGGAGAUGAUUGCAGAGUUCAAAGCUGCCUUCGACAUGUUCGACACAGAUGGUGGCGGUGACAUCAGCACCAAGGAGUUGGGUACCGUGAUGAGGAUGCUGGGUCAGAACCCGUCAAGAGAGGAGUUGGACGCCAUCAUUGAGGAGGUGGAUGAAGACGGCAGCGGCACCAUCGACUUCGAGGAGUUCUUGGUCAUGAUGGUGCAACAGUUAAAGGAGGACCAGGCUGGAAAGAGUGAAGAUGAGCUUUCAGAGUGCUUCCGUAUUUUUGACAAGAACGGAGAUGGUUUUGUUGACCGGGAGGAGUUUGGGGAUAUUCUGCAUCUUACUGGAGAGCCAGUGACAGAGGAAGAUAUCGAUGAGAUGUUCGGGGAAUCAGACACAAACAAGGAUGGAAAGAUUGAUUUUGAUGAGUUCCUGAAGAUGAUGGAGAACGUCCAAUAACAAAGCCAUCUCUACAUUCCCUACUGACCCGUUUUCAAAGAGAAUCUGCUUGGCGCAAACUCCAAACGCUAUAAAACCCUCAACAUUUAAGAAUGUGACGUCGCGUCAGAGACGUCAAAAAGAUACAAGUAUAGAAAUAGUUUCACCCCCCCCAUCCCUGCCCCGUCCCUCCUCCUCGUAUGAAACCCCAGAGCCUGGUGGGGAUAGUUAUAAAUAUCCGUUCAAACCUUUUAAGACGAAGGCACUUUCCCCCUGACCGCCUCCUUGGGCAAAGCAGCCAGCUGUCCACUUGGCAGCUGCUGUUUCCUCAGAAAUGCUACACCACCUAGCUCUGACCCGCACCCUCCUCUUCCUAGUCCAACCCUUCCUCUUCAAAACUGAAUAACUGUUACACCCUCUUCUGUGCUUUUCAAAUAAAUCCACCUACUCCUUGAUCUUAA